AUGGUCGUCACAGUCCCCACCGCCUCCCUCGAAGGGCAAGUCGCCCUCAUCACCGGCGCCGGUCGUGGUAUCGGGCGUGGCUGCGCCAUCGAGCUGGGCAAGCGCGGUGCCUCAGUCAUCGUCAACUAUGUCUCCAGCGAGGGACCCGCCCAAGAAGUCGUCAAGAUCAUCGAGGGCUUCAACAACGGCGCAAAGGCCAUCGCCAUCCAGGCUGAUGUCAGCAAGGUCUCCGAGAUCAACCGGUUGUUCGAGGAGGGUAAGAAGGCCUUCGGCAAGAUUAACAUCGUCAUGUCCAACUCCGGUACCGAGUCAUGGGACGUCACCGAGGAGAUCACAGAGGAGAAGUACGACCACGUCUUCAACCUGAACACCCGCGCACAGUUCUUCGUCGGUCAGACGGCUUACAAGCACAUCGAGGACAACGGCCGCAUCAUCCUGAUGUCGUCCAUCGCCGCUGGUCUGCUUGGCGUCAAGGACCACGCUCUUUACAACGCAUCCAAGAUGGCCGUUAUUGGCUUCAUCAAGGCCUUCGCGACAGACUUUGGCAAGCGCGGUAUCACAGUCAACGGUGUCGCCCCUGGCGGCAUCAAGUCGGACAUGUUCACACAAAACGCUUGGCACUACAUUCCGAACGGUUCACCCGAUUGGCCAGCAGAGAAAAUAGAGACCUUGAUGGCGAACCAUUGCCCCCUUGGGAGGUGUGCGGUGCCUGAGGAUGUUGCUAGAGUGGUUGCAUUCCUUGCAAGCGAAGACGGUGGAUGGGUCAACGGCCAGGUCCUGACCAUCUCCGGUGGAUCGUCGCAGUAG